AUGUCGAAAUCACAAGAGGUGGAGGCCUUUGGAUGGGCUUGCAGAGACCCAUCUGGUGUUCUCUCUCCAUUCAAGUUUUCAAGAAGGUUUUGGGCCACUGGUGAUCAGGAUGUGAGAUUGAAGGUGUUGUAUUGUGGGAUCUGUCGUAGCGACCUUAUGAUGAACAAAGACUAUUGGGGCGUUGCAAUGUAUCCCACCGUCCAAGGGCGUGAGAUUGUUGGUGUAGUGACCGAAGUGGGCAAGAAGGUACAAAAAUUCAAAGUUGGAGACAAAGGGGGUGUGGGAUGCUUUGUGGGAUCUUGUUGGAAAUGCAAGAGUUGUGCUAACAACCUUGAAAAUCAUUGCCCCGAUCAAAUGCCCAUAGGCACUCCCCCUUACAUUGAUGGAAUGAUAAUCCAUGGGGGAUUCUCCGAUCAUAUAGUCACUGACGAGCAUUUUGUGCUUCGUUGGCCUGACAACUUGCCUCUAGAUUCCGGCGUUCCUCUCCUGGGUGCCGGAAUCACAAUGUACAGUCCAUUGAAAUAUUUUGGACUCGACAAGCCUGGUAUGCACAUUGGGGUGGUGGGUCUUGGAGGACAUGGCCAUUUAACUGUGAAAAUUAUAAAGGCUCUUGGAGGUAAAGUGACAGUGAUUAGUACCUCCCCUGAAAAGGAGGUAGUUAUUAAAAGUCUUGGUGUUGAUUCAUUUUUGGUCAGUAGUGACCUUGAUCAAAUGCAGAUUGCAAUGGGCACACUAGAUGGUAUCAUUUAUACCAUCCCUGCAGUUCAUCCUCUUCAACCUUUAAUUGACCUAUUAAAAACCCAUGGAAAGCUUGUGAUGGGUGGUGGACCAGUGGAGCUGCUAGAUCUACCGGUGUCUCUUUUGAUUGUUGGUAAGUACAUUUCACUUACUGGCAUGUACAAAAAGAGCAGGGAUGCAUGGUCUUGCACAACUUUAAGUUAUCUAGCAUUAGUUUUUGAUAUAACACUUGGUUUCAUCUACAAAAUUGAAAAAGAUAGUAUAGCUGAUUUGGGGUAUGGCAUGAUAGGUCGAAAAAUAGUGGCUGGGACCGACUUGGGAGGAUUGAAAGAGACGCAAGAGAUUCUUGAUUUUGCAGCAAAACACAAUAUUAUAGCAGAUGUGGGGGUUAUUCCUAUAGACAAUGUGAACACAGCCAUGGAGUGUCUUGAGAAAGGCGAUGUUAGAUACCGAUUUGUUCUAGAUGUGGCAAACACAUUGAAGACUACUUAA